CACAAAUUCAAUUAUGUUCCAAUUCCUGUACAACAUCUUAUCGAUGCAAAUUUUGAAGAAAAAAAUGCACGAAAUCUUAUGCUUAUUGGAAAUAGUAAUUCCAUAGUUACCCUUCAAACAUAUCGACUCCGCCAGAAAGGUAUUGAGCCUGUCGUUAUUAUUGGGUCGCAAUUUCCUGAUGACAUAGAUGGUGGAGAUUGUUCAUAUCUUAAUCGCAUAAUG